AGCAACGAGUGCUUCUCACAUCCCCGACAUGAAGCUGAUGUUGGUGGUCGUGCUGUUGGUGGGGGUGGCGGCCGCGUCCAAGGACAAGCGGGGCGUCUACGGCGAGGCCCUGGGCUACGACGCGGGCUUCGCGGGUGUCAACGGCCUCUACGGCUACGGCGUGCAGGGCGUGCCGGCGGCCUACGCCGGCCUGCCCUACGCAGGCGUGCCCACCGAGCUGGGCUCCUCCGUGCUCAUCGAGAAGCAGGUGGCCGUCGGCGUGCCCCAGCCGUACGCCGUGCCCGUGGAGAAGCCCGUGCCCUACGCCGUGAAGGUCCCCUACGCCGUGCCCGUCGACAGGGAGGUGCCCGUCGACCGGCCCUACCCGGUGCCCGUCGUCAAGCACGUGCCCGUCCCCUACGAGGUGCAGGUGCCCGUCAAGGUGCCCGUCUACAAGCACAUCGUCAAGCACGUGCCCUACCCCGUCGAGAAGAUCAUCCGGGAGCCCGUCUACAUCGAGAAGUCCGCGCCGCCGCCCGUCAAGAUCAUCGUCCGCAAAACCAGCGGCUGGAAGCUGGGCGGCGGCCUGGGCCACGGCGGCUGGUAGGGCUGGCGACGAGGCUGGCGAUGUGCUUGGAGAAACUCUCCGCCGUCGAGGGGACUCGAACCGCAGGUCGAUCGAGAGUCCAAGUCCCCAUGCUCAAAUUUUUGUAACUGUCAUUUGUUUUUGUUUUUUGAGUGCUAUCGAUACUAGAUUGUUAUUGUUGUUGAGUGUUCGGUUUCGUUCAUCCUAGUCACUGCAUCAACACAUCUCACCACCAUGUCAUGCUUCAUACGUCAUAAUAAAUUUAUUUUUUAAGAAA